AUGUUCCUAUCCGUCCUCUUCACGCCCUGGGCCCUCCUGGCCCUCCCCUUCCUCUUCUUCCUCCUCCCCUACAUUCGCAACUGGUCCAUCCAAGGUGUCCCCGGCCCCUUCCUCGCCAAAUUCACCAACCUCUGGUACAUGUACGAAUGCCGCCGCUGCCGCCGCUACCUUACCGUCCACAAAUGCCACGAGAAGUACGGCAAACUGGUGCGAGUCACGCCGAACCAGGUCUCCAUUGCCGACCCGGACGCUAUCCCCGUCAUCUACGGGCAUGGAACGGGGUUCCUAAAGUCAGAGUACUACGAUGCGUUCGUCUCGAUCCAGCGCGGGCUGUUCAAUACCCGGGACCGGACGGAACAUACGAGGAAGCGCAAGACGGUGUCGCAUACGUUUAGUGCAAAGAGCAUUGGGCAGUUUGAGCAGUAUAUCCAUCAUAACCUGGAAUUGUUGGCUUCGCAGUGGGAUCGGUUUAGUAAAGAGGCGGAUGGGGGGUUUUAUAAGUUCGACGCACUGCAUUGGUUCAAUUAUGUCGCAUUCGAUAUUAUCGGCGACUUGGCCUUUGGGGCGCCUUUUGGGAUGUUAGAGAGGGGCGAGGAUAAGGCGGAGGUGCAGUUGACGCCUGAUUCGCCGCCGAAGACUGCUCCCGCGAUUGAGGUGUUGAAUCGGAGGGGAGAGGUUUCGAAUGCGUUGGGGUGUAUGCCGUGGCUGAAGCCGUACGCGAAGCAUCUCCCGGAUCCGUUCUUCAGCAAAGGAAUCGAAGCCGUGCAGAACCUCGCUGGCAUCGCCAUCGCACGAGUCAACCAGCGGCUGGCGGCCGCAGAAAAGGGCGACAUUGAGCGCGUGGAUCUCCUCGCCCGCCUCAUGGAAGGCAAAGACGAGAACGGCGAGAAACUCGGACAGGCCGAACUCACCGCCGAAGCCCUGACACAACUCAUCGCCGGCUCGGACACGACGUCUAAUACCUCGUGCGCGCUGCUCUACCACUGCCUCGCGCACCCGGAAGUCGUGAGGAAGCUGCAAGCAGAGCUCGACGAGGCGCUGCCGAGCAACGACGUCCCGACGUACGAGCAGGUGAAGGACCUGAAGUACAUGGACAUGGUUAUCCAGGAGACGUUGAGGAUUCAUAGUACGUCUAGCCAAGGGCUGCCGAGGGUGGUGCCGCCGGGGGAGGGGGUGGAGUUGGCGGGUCAUCAUUUCCCGCAGGGGGUGGUGUUGAGUGUGCCGGCUUAUGUUAUGCAUCAUUCUAAGGAGAUUUGGGGCCAAGAUGCCGAUGAGUUCCGCCCUGAGCGGUGGGAAAAGGUUACUGAGAAGCAAAAGCAAGCUUUCAUCCCCUUCUCCUACGGCCCACGAGCUUGCGUCGGUCGCAACGUGGCGGAGAUGGAGCUCGCUCUGAUCGUCUCGACGGUCUUCCGACGAUACGAGUUUGAGCUGUAUCAGGACCACCUGGAGACGAGAGAAGGGUUCUUGCGGAAGCCGUUGGGGCUGAAGGUUGGCAUGAGGAAGCGGAAGGCGUAG